AUGGUCGAGGGCUCUUUUUUAGUGAUUUCCCCCCUGACCUCAAUGAGAGCGGGGAUUCCUUUCUCCUCGGGCAACUCGUCCACGUCUGCAAGAUACUUGACGGCGUCGACGAGUUUUUCCAGCAUGAGUUCGUCCCGCACUCCUCCCUGCUCACGGGCAACUUCUCUUGCCUGCACACAGAUUUCUUGCAAGAGCCUGUCACACUGGGCGGCAUUCUCUUCAGUCUCCCGAUGCAAUUGCGCUAUUUCAGCAGGCGAAAGGCCUACUGGAAUCUCGUUGAGGUCAGGAAGCGCAGGAGCAGGACCCGCGCAAAAGGCUACUGAAGGGGCGAAUGCUGGAAAAGCAAAAGCAACCCAGAAAGGUAUUUUCUAA